GACACAUUGAAGACCAAAAAAAACAACGAGAAAAUAAAGCAACCACAACAAGAAACAGACGCUCCAUCACGCCAGUCUGCCGUCAUCAACUUCAGCAAUGGAACAACUCCAGCUUGUGCGUGUCUUUCUGCUGUGCCUGCUGGCCCUCGACUCCUGUCUGUCCUUGCCACUCAGCAGUCAGUGUGUGGAUGAGUCCUUCUGCACAUACAACCUGCAGGACUACUACAGCCAGCUGGUCAACCUGCCCAGCCGCAUCAACGAGCGCAGCAUCGCAACCUGGACUUACGUAGAGAACAUCGACUUGAACCGGGUGCCUCAGGUCAUCCACGAGGCUAGCUGCCACACCAGCCACUCCUGCAGGGGGCUGGACACUGCCUUUGGUCUAGAGAGCAUCCCCGUGUCCCUGAGGAUGCCUGUCCUCAGGAAAAACCCCAGCUGCUUCCCCACAGCCAGCUACUCUCUGGAGUUUGAGCUCAUCACUAUAGCUUGUAUAUGUGCCAUCUCCAGACACACCUGAACAGGGCUGACUGCUCGAAUGUCCAUUUAGAUCAGAUGGUGCAUGAGCUAAAAGUGGUGGUUUCUGAGACAUACAUACAUUUAUUUAUUUAUUUAUUUAUUUAUUUAUUCAUUUUAAGUGACAAUGCACUUAAGUCAACAUCACUGUAAAUGUGCCCGUGUUAGCCAAAAGGCUACUAUUCAACCGCUGUCCCUGGCCUGAUGUGUAUUUAGCCAUUAAAACAACAAAUAUAACAAAUAAAACACAACA